GCGGCGGCGGCGAGCGGAGAGCCUGCGCGCUGUGGCGGCGGGGGCGGGGAGCGGCGACCGGUCUGCUUGGUGCCCUCCGGGCAGCCGGGUGGACUGGACAGAGCCCCGCCGGGCGGCCCCAGUAGAUUUAACCCUCUUCAGAGUCUUCUGGAGAAAAUGGCAGAGGCAACACCAGAGCCUUGCGGGCAGCUUGUUGUACACUCAGACACUCACGGUGACACUGUCCUGGCUAGUCUUGAAGAUCAGAGGAAGAAAGGCUUUCUUUGUGAUAUCACGUUAAUCGUGGAGAAUGUGCACUUCCGAGCCCACAAGGCCUUACUUGCUGCCAGUAGCGAGUAUUUCUCAAUGAUGUUUGCCGAGGAAGGAGAGAUUGGCCAGUCCAUUUAUAUGCUGGAAGGCAUGGUGGCAGACACGUUCGGCGUCCUGCUGGAAUUUAUCUAUACGGGUUAUCUACAUGCUUGUGAGAAAACUACCGAACAGAUCCUGGCUACGGCGCAGUUCUUAAAAGUCUACGAUCUGGUAAAGGCUUACACAGACUUCCAGAAUAACCAUAGCUCCCCGAAGAAGCCACCGGCGUUGACCAGCACUGGCACGCCGUCAGUCGUUAUUUCUAAUAGGAAGACCGAGCCUGUGAAACGGAAGCGGGGAAGGCCAAGAAAAGGCAGCAGUUGGCAGGAGGGAGAAUCAGGACUAGCCGCAGAGGGCGAGAUUCAGCUAAGAGUGAACAACUCCGUUCAGAAUAGACGGAACUCUGUGGUUAAGGAAAAAGGCGGUGUCAAAGUGAGUGAACAGACGGGAAAGGACUCGGAGCCCGCCGGUGAGCCCGGUGGAGUGGAGGAGGUGCCCGCUGAAAAAGAUGAGAACUGUGACCCCAAGGCUCGGGGUGGAGAGGACACCCACAGUAGGUACAGCAAGCGGAGGAUUCGGAGGUCUGUCAAGCUUAAAGAUUACAAACUUAUCGGCGAUGAAGAGGACCAGGGCGCAGCCAAGAGGAUACGCGGAAGAAAAAAGUGCUCGGCUGGGGCUGAGGCCCGGUGCAAAGACUGCGGCAGAGUCUUUAAGUACAGCCACUUUCUAGCAACCCACCAGAGACGCCACACUGGGGAACGCCCCUUCAAAUGUAAUGAGUGCGGAAAGGGCUUUGCCCAGAAGCACUCCUUGCAGGUCCACACCAGGAUGCAUACAGGGGAGCGGCCGUACACGUGCACCGUGUGCAGCAAGGCGCUGACCACCAAGCACUCACUGCUGGAGCACAUGAGCCUGCACUCAGGGCAGAAGUCUUUUACCUGUGAUCAGUGUGGAAAAUACUUCAGCCAGAAAAGACAGCUAAAGAGCCAUUAUCGGGUCCAUACAGGCCACUCCCUGCCAGAAUGCAACCACUGCCAUAGAAAAUUUAUGGACGUGUCUCAACUAAAGAAACAUCUGCGAACGCACACAGGCGAGAAGCCAUUUACUUGUGAAAUCUGUGGAAAAUCUUUCACAGCAAAGAGUUCCCUUCAGACCCACAUCAGAAUCCACCGAGGAGAGAAACCAUAUUCCUGCAGCAUCUGUGGCAAAUGCUUCUCUGACUCCAGUGCCAAAAGAAGACACUGUAUCCUACAUACGGGCAAAAAGCCUUUCUCCUGCCCUGAGUGUAGCUUACAGUUUGCUCGCUUGGACAAUUUGAAGGCUCACUUGAAAAUCCACAGCAAAGAGAAACACGUAUCAGAUCCCAGCAGUGUUCCUGGCAGUAAUGCUGACGAGGUCCGGAACAUUCUUCAGCUGCAGCCAUACCAGCUCUCCACCUCAGGGGAACAGGAGAUUCAGCUUCUUGUAACUGACUCUGUGCAUAACAUUAACUUCAUGCCAGGUCCCAGCCAGGGCGUCAGCAUCGUCGCCACAGCUGAGAGCUCUCAGAACAUGUCCACAGACGCGGCUGCUAACCUCACCCUGCUCACACAGCAGCCAGAGCAACUGCAGAGCCUGAUUCUCUCCUCUCAGCAGGAGCAAACAGAGCACAUUCAGAGCCUGGGUAUGAUUGGCAGCCAGAUGGAGUCCUCACAGACAGAGCCAGUGCACGUUAUCACACUUUCCAAGGAAACUCUGGAGCAUCUCCACGCCCAGCAAGAGCAAACAGAGGCUCUGCGUUUAGCAGCCAGGGCUUCAGAUCCAGCUCAGCACCUGCAGCUGACCCAGGAGCCGGACCCACCCCUCCCCACCCCACUAGGCCAGGAGCAGAGCUGACCCCAGGGCAUCUGACUCUUCCACUGGGCCAGCAGCAGGGACAGGAUGGCUCUUUGGGCCACCAUCUUACAGAUCCUUAGAGAUGUGACAUCUAGCCAAUGUAUUAUUUAUAC